AUGUCGGCACCCACGAAACUGAAGAUCUCCCUGAAAAAGCCGGUCCCAGAGGAGGCUCCCAAACCACCAGGUCCUCAGAAGAAGCUCACAUUGAAAUUCGGCGGCCCCAAGCCAUCAGAAACACCUGCACCUGUCCCUGCACCUGCACCUGACAAACCAAAAAAGAAGCGUCCCUCGAAACCCAAAACCGACCAAGGACCGUCGAAGAAACGACGCACCGAUUUAGGGUCUGGAGAUGACUCGGAUGCUGCGCCUCGCGUGGAGGCCCCGUCGGGUCCCAAGCGCAUCAAGCUACUGAAUACUGCCAAACAAUCGGGGGUCAAGUCGAUUCGAAUUCGGAAUAAAGCAAGAGUGCAGGCCCGCCCAUUAGGUGUCGGAUAUGAUUCGGAGGCGUCUGAUAUGGAGACUGACCCUCAUAUUGAGGAGGACUUCAUCUUGCGCAUGGUACCAGGGGAAGACUGCGAAUACAUCCGACAAGCAAUCAAUGAGCGUCGCCUUGACCGAUCACAAAUCGGCAUCAAGCCUCUCACUCGCGAGGGAAGACGUACAAUUGUAAGGGUCCGUGAGAAGCAGUACGCCGCUACAUUGGUCGAUCUUCCUUGCAUCAUAGAAGGAUUGAAGAGCUGGGACAAGCGCAUGUUUUACAAGUCGGGUGAUAUAACACAGAUGCUGCUGGUACUUGGGUUGGUCCAAAAUGAACAGGAAGCGAUGGAGUAUCCGCUGCCGAAAGAGGUCACUGUGCUAGACGAAAGAACUUAUCAGUAUGCACAUGGUUUGACACCGCCAUUGAAGUAUGUGAGAAAGCGCCGAUUCCGCAAGCGUGUCAGCGCUCGUACCAUCGAACAAGCAGAAAGAGAAGUGGCAAAUUUAGUUGCACAGGAUGAAACCGCCAUACGACCACCCAAAUUUGAGCUUGUUGAUGCAACGUCUGUUUCACGCGUCGAAGGUAUGGUCGACUAUGAGGAUGAAUACGAUGAUAUGCAGGAUGCGUAUGGAGAAGCCGACUAUGACAUGCAAGACGAGGACGAUGAUGCCGCGGCCGACCUCUUCGAAGAUGAACUUGCUGGAGAAUUGGAGGCCGCUUUAGCAGCGGAUGUCGACGAAGCGCCAGACGUGGCAGAAACCCCAGUUGCGAUUGCGGCGGAACAAUCAGCUACGCCAUCAGGUCACAAGCCUGGCGAUGAGUCUUCGGGUGACGAGAGUGACGAAAGCGAUCGCGAGGCUGACGGUGAGGCCGACGGGGAUGACGGAGACUUGGAUGAGGAGGCACUUGAAAGACGUCGUGAAAUCCAGGAACAACGCGAGUUCAUCACCGAGCUGGAGGGAUUGAUUGCUCAAGAGACUGCCAAAUAUGAGAUGCAAACCAACAAGAUUCUGAAACAGAAGAUUGGAAAGCGCGUACAGCAAUUGAAGCAGGAUUUGGCAUUGAAGAAGGCCUCUAUUGGGGAAAGCGAAGCGAAUGACGGUACCUGA